GAGUGAAAAAGAUUUUCAUCUAUGAUGAUGACAGAUUUUACAGGAGAGCAUAUGUGGUUACAAAUAGAGCACGAACUAAGCUUGAGGAAACUACUAGAGGGUUCAGAGUAUCAAGAGCAACUGAAGUACGACUUCAAUAUAAAAGGGGAACUGAGGCAUCUGGAUACAAAUGAGUCCUUUGUUUUCAACUAUUUCAAGAAUGCACACGAGCAGAAUCAUAAACGCUAUCAAGUUUUGGGACAUUUGAUUACCCAAUAUGUUUAUGAGCUCCUGGAAAGAGUCUGCAUGCUGCAGAAAGUUUAUAUUCCUACUGAUGCUACAGAGGAUGAACCAAGAAGUUUCUUUUUCAUGAGUGAGAAUGCACUAACGAGUUCCUCUAGCCUAAUUGUCCUUCUUCAAGACCGUGGAGUUUUCCGUGCCGGACAGUGGGGGCAAAGGACGAUUGUCAGCGAGGGCCUGGGCCAUGGAACACAAAUACCAUUCAUCAAAAUGGCCCUUCAGAGCCACGGGGGAGUGAUUGUACUGAAUCCCAAUGACAACUUCGUUGAUCUGAAGACUGAAAAGGAGAGGUUAAGCUUUUAUACUGGGGAAGAAGCACUGACUUCUGUGCAGUCUGUCUGGUGGAUCCCCAAGAGGAGCAGCAGCAGCCCCGAGGAGCAUACCAUAUAUGUAUGGGAUCAUUUCAUUUCAAAGAGUGCAGCCAAGAAUGUGGCCUUCAUCGCCCAUGGCUACGGUGGCUUGGUGUUCGUUGAUCUGCUGGUGCAGAGAAAAUGGGAGGUAAUGAAUAAAGUGUACGCUGUGGCAUUCAUCGACUCCAUGCACAACACACAGCACCAGGCUAGAAGCGAUCCACAAAUACAAGAAUGGAUACAGAAAUACUGCCGUGAAUGGGUGUCAAACAGUAAGCCUCUAGAUAAAGCUGUGGGUUCUCCCAUGAACGUGAAUUGUCCUACUGUCUCUGCUGGAACAGAGAAGUACAGUUUAGCACCUUCCUGCUGCUUAUGUGCCAUCUUUAAGUACCUGAAGAGCACACUGAAAGCCAAGACCACAACAGCCUUUAGGCAUUCACCUGUUGCAACCAGAAGCAGCACAAGUAAGAAGAGAGGCAAUAAAUAA